AUGUCCCUUUUGUCGAGAAGGAUUGCUACUAUUGAAAAUGAUUUAAAUCAAGGCACAGAUUCUGUAGCAUGCGCCAAUAUAGAUGAAAACGGCGAGGAUACUACAGAUGAAAUUAAGGAGUUCUUCGAUUGCAGAUAUGUUUCUUCAUUUGAAGCUACAUGGCGUUUGCUAGCAUUUCUAAUCCAUUUUAGGACAACUCCAGUGGAGAAACUCUAUUUUCAUUUAGAAAACGAGCAAUCAGUACUUUUUGAUGAUGAUGAUCCAGUUGAAACUGUUCUAAAUCGCAGGUCAGUACAGAGCUCAAUGUUAUUAGCAUUUUUUGAAGCUUGCAAUAAGUAUCCAGAAGUUGAAAACCUAACAUAUGCUGAGUUUCCUACAAUGUUUGUUUAUGAUCGUACAAAUAUUGAAUGGAAACCAAGGCAACAGAAAAAUAGGUUAGAUGUUGGUAGAAUAACCUAUGUACCUCUUAAAUGUGGCCAAUUGUACUAUCUUCGUGUUCUACUCAACCGACACAAAUGUCCUAAGGGGUUUGAUGAUUUGAAGACAGUUGAUGGUGUUUUACAUUCUACAUACAAUUAUGCAUGUUAUGCAUUGGGUUUACUAGAUGAUGAUAGAGAAUAUAUAGAUGGGAUUAAUGAAGCAAGCAUGUGGGGUUCUGGUGACUUCCUUCGAAAGCUGUUCUGUGUUAUGCUAUUGACUGAUAGCCUAAUUAAUCCAUUUGGAGUUUGGGAAGAAACUUGGAAUAUGCUAUCUGAUGAUAUUCUUUACAGAAGAAGAUCUAUUGAAAACAAUCCAGAACUGGACCUCUCUGAUGAACAGCUCAAAAAUUACACAUUGGAUGCAAUUGAGACUAUACUGCGAAGCAAUGAUUGUUCUCUUUCAAAUUAUGAUGGAAUGCCUUUGUCGGAGGGUGAUUACAACACAGCUGGUAUCAAUAGGUUAAUAUACGAUGAAAGAAACUAUGAUAGAGAAGAAAUGAAGGCUAUCGUAGAAAACAUGCUUCCUGGUUUAACUAACGAGCAGAUGAAUGUCUAUAAAGAGAUCAUGGAAGCUGUCACAGAAGAUAAAGGAAGAGUAUUUUUCUUAUAUGGGUUUGGUGGUACUGGAAAAACUCAUUUAUGGAAACUACUAUCCGCUGCUGUUCGUGCUAGAGGUGAAAUCGUUUUGACUGUUGCAAGUAGUGGAAUAGCAUCUUUGUUAUUGCCUGGUGGUAGAACCGCACAUUCCCGUUUUGGUAUACCAAUAAGCCCAGAUGAUGACACUACUUGCAAUAUUCAACCUGGAACAGACUUAGAAAAUUUGGUUGCUGAGUCAUCUCUUAUCAUAUGGGACGAGGCACCUAUGAUGAGUAGAUAUUGUUUUGAAAGUUUGGAUCGUACUAUGCGUGACAUUAUUAAGCGUCAUAAGGAUAAACCAUUUGGAGGAAAAGUUGUUGUGUUUGGUGGUGAUUUUAGACAAAUUUUGCCAGUUAUCAGUGGUGGAGGAAGGGAAGACAUUGUUAUGGCUUUUAUUAAUUCGUCAUAUUUAUGGGAUGAUUGUAAGGUGCUCAAGCUUACAAAAAACAUGAGGCUUUUGGCUAAUCUUGAUGAAAGCGAAGUUUAUGGUUUAAGUUUCGAAGAGCAAUCCGAUCCUCACUUUUACGAAGAAAGGGCUAUUUUGUGUCCAACUAAUGACGAUGUUUGCCUCAUCAACGAUUACAUGCUUUCUAUGUUGACAGAAGUAGAAGACAUAGAUCCUAUCGAUGUUGAAAUUGUACAAGAUUUUGUUUCAUUUUCUGAUGUGCAUGGUGAUAAAACAGAGCCUGGUCUUCCUAUCGAUAUUCACGGUUUUGUUAUCAGUAUUGAUCAUCUGGUCACUGUAAAUGAUGAUUCCUACCCUGAGAGACAUGAUAAGAAGACUACCAGUAUAUCAUUCACUUUGAAGGAUUACAAGGGGUUAUUGUUAUCGUGUGUUGCAUUAGGACCACUUGCACUUGAUUUUAAUGACAAGAUUUUCAGUGAGGAACAAUUACCAUUUGAUGUUAUGUUAACUGACUGGUCUGUUAAACAAGGAGAAGAUGGAUACUAUCUUCGGUCUACAGGAGGGAUUUCUAGAAUCGAGUUUCAUCCCGACUGUCCAAAAGCCAAAACUUUGGUUAGAUGGUUUUGGAAUAACCAAAUUAAACCUACCAAUGUCAUUGAUUUGGGUAGUAAUGAUGAUGAGGCAAGUCCAUCUUCCGUGAAGAGUAGAGACUGA